AUGCCGUUAAAUGUUUCACUGGUCUCCUUAAUCGAACGCCUUGGUUCUUUAAUCACGAUCGCAGUUCCGAUUCCUUUACGAAAUCUACCUCUACGAAUAUACAUGAAUAAACCAUAUGCUUUAGACCGAAAACCAGGGGAUUUGAUAAAGAAGCCAACAUUACGGGUUGCCUUAGGACGUUCGAAUAUCAGUGUACUAAAAAAACUGAAUCCAAUACGAUCACGGAUUGUACGUGAACUGGGUAGGCCAAUAACACCGAAAUAUCUCUUGCAUAAGAGUUCAAUGAAUAAUUUUGAAUUACACUAUCGCAUUCUUGGUCAUCUAUCAUCCGUUUUUUGCGUUGCAUUCGAUAAAUCCGGCUCUUAUGUCAUUACGGGUGCUGAUGAUAAUCUUGUCAAAGUAUGGAAUAUACGAACGGGUUUGUUACGUUUCACACUACGAGGACAUUCAGCAGAAAUUGCAGAUAUGUCUGUCUCAGAAGAUAAUACAUUGUUAGGUACUGGUUCCGUGGAUAAAACAAUUAGAGUCUGGUGCUUGCAAACAGCUGCACCACUAGCUUUUUAUCGCAGUCAUUCUGCGAUGGUUACAUUAAUUGCUUUCAUUCCAUUUGUUGAUGGUGCUACGCGUUAUUUGGUUUCCGCUGGUGGUGAUUGUCUUAUCAAUUUUUAUCGUUAUAGUUCUUUGGAUCACGGAUUUGAAGCAAUACCGACGCGUUUCUAUGAGCGCACAUCAUCAGGUACUCGUAUUGUGAGCUCAUGUCAUAGCCCCGGUGGUAGUUUGGUGGUUUUUGGUGAUACACAUCACAGUCUCAGGAUUUACAAGAUCACUCGUGAUAAUAUUAUUAAAAUUAGCGAUAUUGAAGCGCAUACAGAUCGCGUUGAUAGUUUGGUAUGGGCACAUAGAGGAUUGCGAUUUGCAAGUGGUAGUCGAGAUGGUGUUGCUAAAGUGUGGAAAUUUGAAUUUAAUGAUUGGAUUCCACUUGUUUUACAUCCUAAACUGAGAGAUGAAAAGGUUUCGAAUUCGCGUAAUACAUACAAAGUAACAAUGUUAUGUUGGUCACUGAAAGAUGAUUUUAUUGUUACUGCUGGUUCUGAUUUCAUUUUACGGGUGUGGUGCUCGAUAUCUGGUACUGAAUUACGUCAGUUGGUGGGACACAAGGAAGAUGCUUACGUGUUGCAUUCUCAUCCGAUAUUUGAGGAUUAUAUUAUAAGCGGUGGUCAUGAUGGUUUCCUAAUGGUUUGGAAUGUUUAUACGGGUUUUUUGGUGAAACGGCAUCAGAAUCUCAUCGAAGGAUCUGGAUAUGGAGCUGUUUUUGAUUUUGCAAUUUCACCUGAUGGUACUUUGGCUGCAGCUGUUGAUUCGCACGGACAUCUUUCUAUCCUUGGUGUUGGAACAAAUCAGAUGGCUAAAACCACUCCAAAAGAACAAUUUUUCCAUACUGAUUAUAUGCCACUUAUACUGGAUGAGAAUAAUUAUUUUGUGGAUGAAGAAACGGAAAUUACACCUCAUCUUAUGGGUCCACCAAGAAUGGUUGAUGCAGAUGGCAUUGAUUAUGACGAUGAUAUACAGGCAAUGGUACCUGGUCGUGACCUACUGCUACGAGAUGAUAGCUUGAUUCCACAAAAUCCACCAUGGCUGUCACGGCAAAUGGUUUGCACGUUGCCGAAAUCAACAGUUGAUAUAAAAAAUAUGUAUUUGACUGAAUUAAGGGAACAAGAAGAGGAUAUAUUGCUACGUGAAAUGAACCGAACGCGGCCACGUACCAUUCCGAUCAGUGAACGGAAAAUUAAUGUGAUAAAUACAGUUUCCCGAAGGAGGCGAGCGGGAGUUCGUUGGUCAGAAUGUUUUCCGCAACGACAGCGAAGGCUUCGAAAUCAACAACUAGCAGAUGAAACCGAAAUCGAUGACGAUGUAACAGAAGCAUCCACUGCUGAUUCAUCAUUUACCUCUACUUCGGCAACCGAUGACGAAAUUUCGAGCGAAGAUACUGCAAGUUCUGAUGAUUCCAGUGAUAGUGAUUACGUUAUCAAUACAAGAAGUUCUAAUCAGCGGCGAAGAAGAGUUGAAGUAGAACUUGAUGAUAGUGUCGUUACUUCAGACACUACUUCAUCCGCUAGAACUUCAACACGAAGACGUCGACGAAUUGUAGUAUCAGAUGAAGCCGAGGAUACGCGGUCAGCUGAUGAUAAUUCAAAUGAUAAAAAAUGUGAACCAUCAUCUUCAACUUCAGAGUUGAAUUAUAUAGAUGCCGAACCAGGACCAUCAAAUGUCAGAUCAUCGCUAUCUGCACUUACAGUUUUGCAUCCAUCGGUUGAUAGUAUGUCGGGUAUUUCUACUCCACAUUCACCUUCCGAACAGGACGCGUCGCCUGUUUCUUUAGAUAAUUACGAUGCUGACGCAGAUUUUCCACGAUGGAUGCGUCUAACACAACCGCUUCGCUUUCCAUAUAUCGCACAAAUCGGAGAUGAGGUGGUUUAUUUCAGGCAAGGUCACGAAUUUUACUUACAUGCCGUUGAAACAAGAGGUUUGUAUCACGUUACUCAUAGGCUCAAACCAUUGGCUCAACUAAAUGCUGAAGAAUUUUGCAUCGUUGAAGAGAUUAGAUAUUUGAGAAAACCAUAUAGGCUAACAGCAGUGAAGCUUGCGCAGACAAAUGCAGCUGGUGUACGAACCGGACUUAUAUUCUCAGUAAAAUUUCAUGAUAUGGAAAAUGUGCCGGACUUCAUUAUUUUACGGCAUCUAUAUGAUGAAUCAGUGGCACGUCGUUAUCAACCGGGAACACGAAUUGAAAUUAUUUUGGAUAAUCAUUGGUGGACUGGUACCAUUGAUAAGAAAGAAGUACAUGAUGAAGAAAAUUAUCCGAGGUCGAAUUGGUAUUGUCUUACAGUUAGAUGGGAUACUGGAGAAGAUGAAAAAAUGAGUCCGUGGGAUGUGCAACCUCAGCAACCAAAUCGACGUUCGGGUAUUGCAAGCGAAGAGGAUCAGGUAUUGUUUUCACAAUAUCCAGUCAAUGAACGAGACUGGAUGGGUGCAGUGGAAGGUAUUAGUGCAUGUUCGAAACGUAUCAUUGACGCUGUGAGAAGUAUGGAAGAUGAUCCUCAUAUAAAACCGUUCGCAGCACCUGUCAACUUGACUGAAUAUCCGGAUUAUUUGUGGGACGUGGAUUAUCCAAUUGAUCUGAGUACGAUUGUUGAACGAGUCAAAAAUCGAUUUUACAGAAGAUUGGCAAGUUUAGAGCAGGAUAUUCGCUAUAUUGCAAUAAAUGCACGCCUUUUUAAUCAACCAAACAGUGAAAUUGUUCGAAAUUCCAGGGUCUUGGUAGAAACACUCAUUCGUUAUCUGAAUGAUGCCCAAUACACAGAUGCUAUGCAGCUAUUUCGUGUUUUGAAAGCUGGACAAGAUAGUGAAUUAAGAGAAUACAAUAAUUUGAAGCAGUGCACCAAAGUUACAGUUGAAGAAAUGAAAGAAGAGCCAUCUAUUGUUGCAAAGAAGACAAAACAUCGGUCACGUAGUAGUGCCAUGUCACCGAAUUCUUCCGUGGAUCUUCCUUCUGAAUGGUAUGUCGAAUGUGUGGAUGUACUGCAAGAAGUGAUGACGGAGCGAACUUCAACUCAUUUCAUCAGUUCUGGUGGUGAGUGGCUAGCGGAUGUAUUUUCGUCAUAUGAUGACUUGUUAACUGUGAAGGAAAAAGUUAUCAAACGAGCAUAUAGCAGUCCUUUGGAAGUUGUUAAUGCAGUAAAAACUUUGAUGCAGGCAUGUCGAAAUGCUGUUGAUAAUAAGCGGUCACCGGUUUUUCGCGACAGUUUAGCGUGUGCUGCAUCAUUUGACAGCAAGAUGGCACCUGUUGUAGCAAAAUGGCAACGUAUGAGACAGUCAGAAACACCGUUAACUGCUAAUGAGGCUGAAGGUCAUCAUUUACGAGAUCGGCCAAAGAAUUCACACGUCUAUAAUACAAGAAGUCGUCACGAAGAAAAACAAUUUGGCGAUCAAAAAAAUGGAGCAUCAACAAGUACAACCAUACCAGUCCGUUCGGGGCGGUCUGGAAGAAUGCCAAGUGGAUAUUAUCGAAAUCUGAACAAUGGGAUAUAUAUUGCUCAGGAUCGAGAUUCUUCAAAUUUGGAACCUUUUGCGUGGUCUAAUAGUCAGGAUUCCGGGCGUGCAAGAAGAAACACCAUCGAAUAUAAUCAUGCGAGGAGUCGCGAAAGUCACGGGAAUACUAAUAAUGCACAAUCGGAAGAUCAACCAGGGCCGUCUGGAUUGCAGAACAAAAAUAACUUGGUGAAUGUGAGAAGAAGCUCGAGAAAAAGAGAGAAACGUUACAACUUCGGCACAGUGACAGUAACGGAUGAAAGUGAUGAAGAUACAACAAAAUAUGAUGACUUUUUAUGCGAUGGAAGAAGUACGGGUGAAAUAGACGAUGAUCCAUUAAGUGACUGUAGUUGGAAUAUGCGAACAAAUAGUACGAAGAAAAAUAAAAAUCAUCGAAAACGAACAUGUGGAAGUCAGGAAAAUAUGGAAAUUAACAAAAAGCGACGUCGCCAAAGCACACUAAAAAAAAUUGGGGACAAUACAAAUUCAACAUCGUACUCUAUUAGCGAGCAGAAUUCACCGAUGACAAGAAAAUAUGUGACAAGAAAUCGUCAAGGACAUGUAAAUCAUACAGCUGCAGGGGCAAACGGUGACAGUCAUCCGCGAAUUGGAUUAAGACGAUCCGUUCAACGAAAUGUCAAUUAUAAUGAGAAUGGAGUUAGUGAUGACGAUGAUGAUGAUGAUGAGGCAUCGAAUAGUAGUGCAAAACGGAAAAAGACUCGUAAACAUGAUAAAUGA